GCCAUGAUGAUGGGCGGCAUGGGCGGCGGCAUGGGCGGCGGCAUGGGGGGCGGCAUGGGGGGCAUGUGCGGCAUGGGCGGAGGUAUGGGAGGCAUGGGCUGCAACCCGAUGAUGGGCCUGGGCGGCAUGGGCAUGGGCUGCAACCCGAUGAUGGCGGCGAUGAUGGGCGGCAUGGGAGGAGGCUGCCUCGGAGCGGCCGGCACGCCCCGCGGCGGGCUAGCGCAGGGCGCCGCCGCGGACGCGCCGGGCGGCGCCGCGCCGAGCAAGCCGGCGAAUCCGCUGGUGCAGGGCGAGAAGCUCGACCCUCAGGUUGUCGCGCUCUGCAAAGACUUCGGGGUCGAGGACCCGACCGCCUCAUGCGCAAGCUCAACACAGUGA